UGGCCAUAUUUGUUGAUGUGUCAUAUCAAAGUGACUUGUGGGGGCUAUCAGCUGGUGAGGCAGAGAGAGCUCAAAGUUCAGUAUUACAGUGAAUGACUCUGCAUUGAGCUUCAUCAUGGCGUCUUCGCAUUCGAUUUGAACCAGAGAGGGACCAAGGAGAAGCCUGGUCCUGCUUCAGAUACACACAUGAUGGAAGGAUCAGAGGCUGAAUCUGUGCCAGAGGGUUUGCAACCAGAGAAUCAGCUUCACAGCAGCAAAUCCAAGAUAGAAGAUGAGGAGAAAAUCUCUCACAACAGUGCAGACGGGGCAGAAAAGCUCAGUCAGGCAAAAGAUGAAGCACAGGUUGACAGCAAAUCAAUCAGGACUACAACAGAUGUUGAUGUGGAUACAAAGAGAAAUGAGGAAGCUGAAAUAUGCAGACCGGACAAUGUAGAUGAGCGUGAGCUGGGUGCGAAUACCAGCUCUGAAAGCACUUCUGUUGAAGGUGGGGUAUUUUCACUUUCUAAUGAGGUUGGUGGAGAUUUGUCUGGCUCAGUUCCCAUGAUAAAUAAUGAGGUAGAAACCUCUCCAUCCAUUCUUGAAGGAACCAUAGAACCCUUAUUGACUUUUGAUGAAGUGCAGGAUUCGCACGCCACCUCUUCAAACAGCAUGGAGCAGCCAUCAGUCCUGCCCACAAAUGGCUCCACUGAGCCGUCGCCUGCUUCAGCAGAGAGUCCAUCAUCCUCUUCCGUCCAGAGCACUUCCAAAAACUCCCCCACCGACUCCUCAUCCACCUCUGGGAUCUCUAAUGGCCUAUCUACCCCAGGUUCAGACACCGUCAGCUCCUCACUCGCUUCCAGCCCACAAACCGGCUCACACACCACAGUCCCCUCGCACGUCCUGUCGAGUCCAUACGACACUGAUUGCAGCCGAAAGCUUCUAUCACAGAUCCAGCGCUCGCUGUCACAGGAGUCGCUGCUGGAUGAGCUGGAGUCCGAGCUGUUGUCUUGUCAGCUGCCUAAGGGGGAGAGUGGAGGUGAGAGGAAAGGAAGCCCACCCGUCAACGGUCUCCCUGCAGACCAGGAGGGCUGCAUGAUGGUCUUCGAGAAGUGUGUGCAGUACAAGUAUGCACAGCAGGAGAAGGCUAUUCAAAGGUUGCUUGAGGAAAACAAAAGGCAUCAGGAGCUGAUCCUGGGGAUCUGUUCAGAGAAGGACAACAUGAGGGACGAGCUGAAAAAGAAGGCUGAGAUGGAAAAGCUGCACAUGUCAACUAUUAAAAAGUUAGAGGGUAGGGUGGAGGAGCUGCUAAGAGAGCUGAAGGAGUCGCGGGACAGGAUGGCCCAUCAGGAUCAUGUGGCUAAGGGCACCCUCCAGCAGAUGCAGAAGGAGAUGACGUUCAGGCUGGAACAGGUGAACAAGAAGUCCGAUGAGGCGCGCCAAGAAAAGGAGGCCAUGGUGAUGAAGUACGUCCGUGGGGAGAAAGAGGCCCUGGACCUGAGGCGGGACAAGGAGAGCUUAGAGAAGAGGCUGAGAGAAGCGACGAAAGAGGUAGACCGCCAAGCGCUGCGAGGAAACCAGCUGGCUCAGGAGAAAGGUCGAUUGCAGCAGCUCUAUGAUGCUAAGGAGGGCGAAGUUAGCAGGCUGACCCGGGAAGUGGAAAAGUUGAAGGAAGAGGUCAACUCGCAUCUGAUUAAGGUGAAAUGGGCCCAGAACAAGCUAAAGAGUGAGGCGGAGGCGCAUAAGGACACAAAAGACAAACUGCGAGAGACCACGUCCAAACUGGCCCAGGCAAAGGAAGAGACUGAGCAGAUCCGAAAGAACUGCCAGGACAUGAUCCGAACAUACCAGGAGUCAGAGGAACUCAAGUCCAACGAGCUGGAUGCUAAACUGAGGGAAACCAAAGGAGAGCUGGAGAAACACAAGCAAGAGCAGACAGACCAGUUAGAGGUACACCGAGUGAAGGCCAAGGAGCUGGAUGACCUGAAAAGAAGCUACAAGGAGAGCAUGGAUGAGCUCUGUACCCUGCGCACAAAGUUAAAAUGCCUGGAAGACGAGCGUCCACGCUGGGAGGACGAGCUGAGCAAGUACAGAGAGAUCAUCAACCGGCAGAAAGCUGAGAUUGGGCGGCAGAGAGACAAGCUGGAGGAGAUCACUGCGCUGGAGGAGCAGCACAAUCGUGAUCAACUAGAAGUCACGUCUCUACGGGAGGAAGUGGACGGCCUCACGACCCAGAUGGCCGACCUGCAGCGAGACGUUCAGGGCAGCAGGGAGCGGGAGGCUGAGUUGCUGGGCUUCACCGAGAAGCUGAGCAGCAAGAACGCCCAGCUGCAGUCGGAGAGCAACGCACUCCAGACUCAGCUGGAUCACCUGACCGGCAACUUCACGGAGCUGCAGGCAAGGCUGGAGGAGACCAACCAGCUACUAGAAGACAAGUCACGGCAGCUGAAACAGGAGGAGGUGCUGAGGCAGCAGGAGGUGCAGGGCCUGCAGGAGGAACGGGCAGUGCUGCAGACUGAGGUGACCCAGCUGAAAACCAGAGUGGAAGAGCUGCGGGACGAGCUAGUGACCCAGAAGAGGAAACAAGCGGCCAACAUCAAGGACCUGACGAAACAGCUGACCCAAGCCCGAAAAAGACUGGAGCAGGUGGAGAAUGGAGGCUGUGACCGGGAUGCCAGCAGUAUGGGCAGCCGCUCAAGCUCCUCAGGUACUACUCCGGGAUUUGGUUCCUUGAACGCUCGCCAUGGUGGGAGCAGCGGCGUAGAAGAGCGCACGCUAGAUAGCCAGUCGGGUCCUUCGGUGGUGGUCGUUGAUAGCUUCCCAGAGGUGGACAAGGCCAUGCUUGUGGAUCGCAUCGUCCGUCUGCAGAAGGCGCUGGCUCGCAAGCAGGAAAAGAUCGAGUUCAUGGAGGAUCACAUCAAGCAGCUGGUGGAGGAGAUCAGGAAAAAGACAAAAAUUAUCCAGAGCUAUGUGCUGAGAGAGGAGUCGGGGGCCCUCUCGUCGGAGGCGUCAGACAUUAACAAAGCCCACCUGAGCAGGCGGGGAGGCAUCAUGGCGUCGCUUUACACCUCGCACCCGGCGGACAGCGGGCUGACCCUGGACCUGUCGCUGGAGAUCAACAGGAAGCUGCAGGCGGUGCUGGAGGACACGCUGCUGAAGAACAUCACACUAAAGGAGAAUCUGCAGACACUGGGAGCUGAAAUCGAGAGGCUCAUAAAACAGCAGAGGGAUCCUGAGGACGGGAGGAGGAAGUGACAUACAAAGGACCAGGAAGUCACUCUGUCAAAAACUCACUUUCCCAACAUAUGAAGGAGCAAACUGAAUGUUGUAAGUACCAGUAGCGCCUCAGGCUUCAUUCAUGGAGGACCUUGUGGAUAUUGUCCGUUUGAUGGACGUGUCUGAACUUACUUGAACUUCCCUUAUUCCAUCCACAUUGAAGUGACUCUCCCUGCUCCUCAUGCACAACAAAUCUUCCUCUGGCUAACAUUCAUGUCUCCUGAGCCUUGCCAAGAUGAAAAAAAAAAAAAGAACCUCUCCAGGCCAGUUGCUUCGAACUUGAAACUCUGUCUGCCUUGUAAAUUGAUUGAAGAUGCCAUAAUCAUGAAUGUAGAGCAAAAUUCUACCUUUCCAAAAAAAAACGACAUUCGUGUCCUCACAGUGACUCCAAGUUAUUGAAGAUGAUCAUCGCCCAGCAUGCUCUUUGUACUCGUCUCAUAAUGUCCAUCUGCCAAUCAGCUCUUCACGUGUGAAGCAAAAGGUAAAAUAACAAAUCAGCCCAGGCUUGCCGGGGACCCUCUGUGCCACCUGCAAAUUCACAUUCUUCAUCAACUUCUGCUCUGCACGGCACUUCAGAGCAAGCUGCUGAAGCAAAGGUGCCUGACGUCAGAAGUCACCUGUUCCACUUAUUUAAACAGACGUUCUGUUUCUGCAGUGCAGUCCGGCAGCACUUUGCCAUUUGUGUGGAAGUCCCUCUAUGUUAAUCUGUAAGAAUCUGAUGAUAAUGUGUCAAAUGUAAGGUCAUAAAAAGGAUGAAAUGUAGAGAAUUGGCCACUUUGAAUGUGAUUCUUUUUGUUUUGUUAGCUUACAUUUUGAUUUGUAUUUAAGUUUGUAAAGUUUUCUAUUAUCUAUCAGGCACUGAGUGCUUGAUCCUAGCUCUUAAUUUAACAUUUUGUUGCUUCAAAAAUUUCCUCCUUCACCUUGUUACCUGUUAAAAUUCUACUUUUGAAAACAACUUGAUUUAAUCACACCUGAGCAUUAUCACUCGCUCCCACUUCCCUAAAAGAAGUCUGUUAGCAUCAUCCCCAUUCGAUCAGAGGGUGCAGACAUGCAAACAUGUAGCUUGUAGAAACUUUGAACUCGGAUCUGUUAAAGGGGACAAAAUGUUUCUGUAUUCAUAUCACACUCCUCUUUUUCUUCUUCUCUGUAGUGCCACUGAAAUCUGAUGAAGUAAAUCAAGUGUAGAAAGAAAGAAGAUUUGUAGCUGUAGCUCAGGAAAGCCAAUGGAACCUACAGAAAUAUAUUCAGGGACAAAGUGCAAUCCUGUUCCUUUGUUGUUGUUAUUUUGUGUUCUGAAUGUUUGUGCACCACUGUUUUAUAUGUCCAUAUUUAUGCUUGUGGGAUGUACAACAUGCAACUCAGCUGGUGUGCGAAUCUUUCAAAGUGUCCAUAUUGUGUGUGUAUGUGUGUGUGCACGGCUGCAUGUGUGCCAUUAAUUUCCAACCUCUGGAGCUUUUUUUCGCAUUGGUUAAGCCGUCAGGGCUUCUAGGCUUUUUUUCACCGCUCUGACCAUGACGUUUGUUACAUCCCAGAGGGGUAAACAUGAUUUGCAUUUAGACCAGAGUUUGCAGCCACACCAACACACCUGCACACCUGCACACCUGCAGCUUGGUACGCAACACAGCAGUUUUUUAGUGAAUCACACGUUCAGAAAAAAAAACACAGGAUGAAGCGUAAAGAGCCGACGACGAGUUUGAUUCAACUUCAACUUCCCUCGCUCUUUAUUUGAUCUUGACCUUAAGAAUCUGUCACAAAAGAUAAUCCUCUGACUCUUUUUUUAUCCCCCCCCCCCCCCAGUCAGAGACAAGCUUUUUAUGGGUCAUGAAUGGUUCCAGGCCAAUCCCCUUCCCGUACACCCUGAGGCGAUGUUAAAACGACCCACUAUGUGAAUAGAGAUGAAAGUUUCCUGGAUUGAGGUCACAGAGUCCUUAAAGCUUCCGUGCUGCUGCAUCGGGCGCUCGCUGUUCGAUGUACCUCGACUCCUCUCUACUUUUAAAAAAUAGAAAAACCUGAAACUUCCUAACCUUUCAAACUAGGAAAGGAAAUCACACCACACACAUUACAUCUAGGGUAGUAUUACAAGCCAGCAGGAUAUUUGACAUUGAACUGAUGUGGAUGCUUUCCUGCAUCUGAUGUAACGUUGUAGAAAAGGUCAAAAAUUGGUGCAGAAGUUAAGUCCAACCUAUGCAAAACACCCAUAUGGGAGUUCCUAAUUAAUGUCUCAUAAUCCUCCACGGCACGCUAAUAAGCUUUCUUCUGAUUUGGUCACCUUGAGGAACAAUGCUGAUUCUGAGAUUUCACUCGUCUCCACAGCCUUGAAAUGAAGCCAUGCUGCAGCGUUGUGCGAGUGAAUGAUUAGAUCCUCGUUUUCCUCUGUAUGCAAAUGAAGAAAUGGUGUUCAGUAUGAGAGUGUGAGAGUCAGAAUGUGACAUGAGACAAGAUGUUUUUGACAUGUUUCUGUUCCCCUUCCUCCUGUGCAGUGAUUCCUCCCCCUCUGCUCUGUUUUGUGGAAUAUACAAACUGUGAUUAUAAUAUACAGUACAUUUGUAAAUAAGUCAAUCUGUAAAAUUACAAUGAGAUGUUUUUAAAGAAGAGAAUAAGUGAUUCUGGAUUUUGUUUGUAUAUAUGGUGUUUCCAGGGAAUAAAAGGAGAUGAGUCUUAACUUUCUCUUGAAUGUCC